AUGCAAGAAGACAGACGAGUACAUGCGCUUCUGACAAUUGCAUACGCAAUGCAAUUCGUCGGCUCUAGCAAUGUGCACCAUAUCGGUCGUCUGUACGCCCAGCAAUUGAGUUCGAAUCCUACCAGUGGUUCGAGUAGUGUGAGGUUGCUGGCGGACUGGUGGGUUGCCCGAAGCGAGAAAGCAGAGUUGAACGUUGAAGACUUUGAAACUAUCGGGCAAACUUUGUCAGCAAUUGCUCCUCCUUAA